AUAUCUUUGGUCCAACAACAACAGCCCAUAUCCAAUUACCAAAAAAAAAAAAAAAAAAACAAAUCUCCAGACAAAAUGGUACUUAUCCAUCUUCUCCUCCUCCCACUCUCCAUGGCCAUCCUCGUCGUCAUCACCCUUUCCCGAUUUCUCUCCGCCUCUGCAGCUUCUAAACACCGCCCGCUGCCGUUGCCUCCAGGCCCGAAGCAAUGGCCGAUCAUCGGAAACAUCCCACACAUGACAAGAAAGGUCCACAUCUCCAUGUCCGAGUUCGCCAAAUCCCACGGCCCAUUGAUUUCAGUGAAGCUCGGCGCUCAACUAAUCGUCGUCGCCUCUUCCCCGGCUGCCGCCGCCGAAAUCCUCAAAACCCACGACCGUGUCCUCUCGGCAAGAUACGUAACCAAAUCAAGUCCGUUCAAAAUCAGCGAUAUUGAUCGAAUGGCAAUCGUGUGGGCUUCCACCUGUAACGACAGCUGGAAGUCCCUCCGCGGGCUGUGCAGGACGGAGCUUUUCUCUGGCAGAGCAAUCGAGUCGCAGGCCGCCGUCAGGGAGAAGAAAGUUAGCGAAAUGGUCGAAUUCCUUGCCGCUAGAGAAGGGAAAGUGGUUGAUAUUGGGGAAAUCGUGUUAACCACCAUUUUCAACUCGCUGUGCAACCUUUUCUUCUCCGAGGACUUGUUGGGGUUGGAAGAUAGUAAGGGGAAGGGUAGUGGGUUAAAGAAUCAUAUUUGGAAAUUGAUGGAGCUUGCAACUGCUCCGAAUAUUGCUGAUUUUUACCCUUUUCUAGAACCCCUAGACCCUCAGGGCUUGAAGAAGAGGACGGUCAAGGUCGUCACCCAGAUAUUUUCCGUUUGGGAGAGUUACAUCAGGGAAAGAAGGGAAAUUCAUGAAUCAAAACUGCACGGCGAUACUCUGAAAUGGGAUUUCCUGGACGUUUUCCUUUCAAAUGGUUUCGACGAUCAGAAAAUCAAUUGGUUGUUCUUGGAACUGCUGACGGCGGGAACAGAGACCACCACUACGACAGUGGAAUGGGCAAUGGCCGAGCUUCUGAAGAACGGAGAGGCAAUGAGGAAAGUUCGCGAAGAGUUGAAUAGAGAGAUUGGGGAGAACCCCAUCACAGAAGCGAAUGCUUCCCAGCUGACAUUUCUCAACGCCUCCAUAAAAGAGACAUUCAGGUUACACCCACCAGCCCCGUUCCUCAUUCCACACCGUGCUCUCGAAACCUGCGAAGUGAUGAAUUACAGAAUACCAAAGGAUUCCCAGGUGAUUGUUAAUGUUUGGGCAAUUGGGCGGGACCCGUCUGUUUGGGAGGAACCGUUGUCUUUCUGGCCCGAGAGGUUCAUUGAUGGCUCCACCACGGCGGACUUCAAAGGUUGCAACUUUGAGCUCCUGCCUUUCGGCUCCGGUCGGAGGGUGUGCCCGGGACUUCCCAUGGCAACUAAACAAGUGUCGUUGAUUCUAGCUUCGUUGAUUAAAGAGUUCGAUUGGACUCUCCCCGGCGGCGAUGAUCCGGCCAAAUUAGAUAUGAACGAGAAGUUUGGUCUUACGCUCCAGAAGGACAAACCUUUGCUACUUGUGAUCAGGAAACAGAGCACGUAACAUGGCUUAGGUGUAGCCUGUGAAUGGAAUACAUACACAAAUGCUCCAGUUACUUCCAAUCUUCCAUGUUCCUGUGGAGUCCUCGACUUGGUGCAAAAAUUGAUGGACUUGGGCACAGGCAAACUACUUAAUACUUUUGAUUGAAAUAUUUAAAAUUAUUUGGGUGAAUGUCAUUUUUGAUUCGAGAAAUUUUGUUGACGGUUAAAGUUAACAGUUGACCUAAAGAAAAUCAAGCUAUGUUUAAUCUUUGAUUUAUGUGGUGCUUAUUUAUCGUUGCUACCUAUGAUUUAAAAAUAGUAGAUAUAUAAAUAAAUAUAUAAUAUAUUUUUGUAAUUAA